AUGAGAUAUAAGACAAUCUAUUAUACCUCUAUUGUAGUCUUGAUAGUAUGUAUUAUUUAAUUGGUUUUUUAUAAGCUGAAAGAUAGUUAUAGUGGUAGUUAAACUUUUGAUAUUGUGCUAAUUUCUAUAAUAUCUACUAUUUUAGGAGCUUCAUAUUAUCUUAUUAGAGUUUUAAUAAUUUAGCUUCAUUUUGCAAUAAAUCCUCAAAGAAGUUCUAUCAAAGGUAUUGGUAUAGCUUUUAUUGCAACUUUUACUGAAUUAUAAGCAUCUAUCUUCAAAUUUUUUUCUUCAUCGAACGAAGAUUCUGUUUAUGGAUUAUUGUUCUUUUUUGUCUUCUUAAUGGUUUUUAUAAUACUAUUCUAGUAUUAAUACUUGAAAGGAAAAUCAUUCGAUAAAGUUUAAAAAGCUGUAACCUUGAAAUAUAAAAUUCUAACAAAAUGA